AGUGUGUUGUCGGUACCUCGCUGCGUCCCGGACAUUAGUCACGGAGUUUCUGGGGAAGGAGACGUGUAGCUAAGGAGGCGUGUGUGGGACACCGCCACCUCGGGGGCCAUGGAGCCGCCUUUUAGCCCGAGCCGGCCCGUCUCUCAGAGCCUGGAUGUGGACUGGGAUUCAACCCUUUUUGCUGAACUUGGUGAUUUAAUGGACACAGAUGAGUUGCAGCUAGAUGUAGAGAAUGAAACUUAUGAAAACAAUUUCUAUAACCUUGGCUUUGAUUUGGAUUUGAUGCCAUGGGACUCAGACCCUUGGGGGAUUUCAAACCAAUCUUGUACAGAUAAAUAUAUCAAGGCAGAGCCUCAGCCACUUUCUCCUGAUUCCUCAAGCUGUUCAGUCUCUUCCCCUCAAUCAGUGGAUUCUUAUUCUUCAACUCAGCAUGUUCCUGAAGAGUUGGAUUUAUCAUCUAGUUCCCAGAUGUCUCCCCUCUCUUUAUAUAGUGAAACCUCUAACAGCCCCUCCUCAUCGGAGUUACUAAAGGAAGACAAGCCUGUCAUUGGUGCUACAAACAGGACUGUAAAUGGACUGACUCCAAAAAAACAAAGUCACAUUAUUUCAAAGCCUUCAAUUCAGCCCAAGCCUUUACUUCUGCCAGCAGUACCCAAGAGUCAAGCCAACUCUAGCAUUCCAACCAAAGCAAUCAUCAUUCAGACACUCCCAACACUUCUACCCUUGACAAAGCAGCAACCUGUUAUUCACAUUCAACCUGCACCUGCUAAAGGUCAGCCUGUUGUGCUCUCUCAGCCGACCAUGGUCCAACUACAGGCACCUGGAAUUCUGCCUUCUGUUCAGCCAGUCAUUGCUGUCACUAGGGGAACCACUCAACUACCUAACCAAGUGGUGAAUGUGUUACCAACCCCUGUAGGGAACAACCCAGUCACGGGCAAACUGUCCAUGGCUAAACCUAUCCUGCAGACUACCACGAGAGGUGUGGGCUCAGAUGUGACUGUCCUCCGGAGACAACAGCGCAUGAUCAAAAAUCGAGAGUCAGCCUGUCAGUCUCGCAAGAAGAAGAAAGAAUAUAUGCUAGGUUUGGAGGCAAGGUUAAAAGCAGCCCUUUCAGAAAAUGAGAGACUUAAAAAAGAGAAUGGAUCCCUGAAGCGGCAGCUGGAUGAAGUAGUGUCAGAGAAUCAGAAGCUCAAAGUUCCCAGUCCAAAACGGAGAGCUGUGUGUGUGAUGGUGGUGCUGACAUUCAUAAUGCUGAACUUUGGCCCCAUAAGCCUGUUUGAGCGGGAUUCCAGUACAGUGACAUCUAAUAUGAGCCCUGCACAUCAGAGCAGACAUCUUUUAGGAUUCUCAGCUACUGAGGGACAAGAUUCAGUUCCAAGAAAAGUUGAUGGUGCUAUCCAGAAAAACAAUUAUAGAUAUGACCAUUCUGUCUCUAAUGACAAAGCUCUGAUGGUGGUAACUGAAGAGCCACUGUUGUAUAUUCCUCCACCUCCUUGUCAACCAAUAAUUAACCGUUCAGAGUCUCUCAGGUUGAAUCAUGAACUUCGAGGAUGGGUUCAUAGACAUGAGGUAGAGCAGACCAAGUCAAGAAGAAUGUCAAAUAGUCAGCAACAGAAAACACGUGUGCUCCAGCCUCCUUCAGAUUCUGAAGAGACCCAAAAGUCUUAUAAGAAUUCUCUGGAACAUGGUUCUAAUUCUCAGCUUAUGGCUGUGCAGUAUACAGAAGCAACCAGCAUCAGGAAUUCAGGGAGUGAGCUGCAAGUUUAUUAUGCCUCACCUAGAAGUUAUCAAGACUUCUUUGAAGCUAUCCGAAGAAGGGGAGAUACCUUUUAUGUUGUGUCAUUUAGAAGGGAUCACCUGCUAUUACCAGCUACUACCCAUAACAAGACCACAAGACCAAAGAUGUCAAUAGUUUUGCCAGCAAUAAACAUAAAUGAGAAUGUAAUCAAUGGGCAAGAUUAUGAAGUGAUGAUGCAGAUCGACUGUGAAGUGAUAGACACCAGAAUCCUCCACAUCAAGAGUUCUGCUGUCCCUCCCUUCCUCAGAGACCAUCAGAGGAAUCAGACUAGCUACUUUGGCUCUCCACCAGCCGCCCCGGAGGCAACAGCCCACGUUGUCAGUGCUAUCACUGAAUCCUUGCAGUAGGCAGCUGAUGUGCCUGCUGCCCCCGACUUCCACACCUGAGUCUAGAACUCAGCCACACCAGACUGGUGAUGGGCCGUGGGUCAGACUGGUGCAUCUCGUCUCCGUCUUUGGGGCAGGCAGUUUAGUAUUGCCCAGUGACAUAAUUCGGUGUCUGCCUGUGGGAAUGAUAAACAGAGGGAGCGAAGGAGGAGCACUUUUGUUUUCCAGGAGUCUUACUAUCAUACAGGUGGUGCUAGGGUUUUUUCUCAAGUGGCCACAACCUCAAUCCUUGGUUCCUCCAAUGUUACCCUUCCGAGCUCUUCUAUACUUUCUGAAUUGUUCUUGCCAUUCAGUCCUUAUCUUGUGUUUAAAUAGAUAGCUCCCUCUUUUCAUCAGCUUCCUCUCCCAUCCCUCCCUGAGGCGUUGCCCGGUGUUGCUACACUUGAUGUAGUAACCCCUUGUCUUACUACACGUGAUGUAGCAAAGUGAUUUUUAUUUAAAGUGAAAACAAAGCUUGGAGGCCAGAUUGUCCAGGCAGACCUAAUUUUUUCAUUUGUUUUUAUGAAACUACCCCUUCUAGGGCUGCUAUUUAUCCAAAUGGCAGGCUUCAAACCCCAACAGCUGAAAGUACUCAGCUACUACUAAAUUGUAUUGAAAACACUCAAAACAACUUUGCUUUUGACCCAAGCUUAAGGUUAAGUGGAAGAGCCCUCAGUUGGUGACAUUUAACCUUAAUUGAAUUUGUUGUUCUUAUCUCAUAUCCACCUCAUAAUAAGUCUGAUGCUACACUUAAAAACUGCCUAAUACUGCAUAGGUGAUAUGGUGGGAAACAGAAAACAUGCUGAUUUGAGGGAACGAAAUUUCUGUCAUCUCCCUAAUAACUAGAAAAUGAGAGAACUAUAGGAAAGUUUAAUGUGAAGAAUGGAGAAUGAAAUAGCUAAAGUAAUAAAAGUUUUUAAAGCUGUGAAAAUAUUUUGGGGCACUCUUUGAAAUAAACUUAGCUUUCAUAUAGCUUCAUUAAAUUAAUUUGCAGGGAGUGUUUGCAUGUGCUCUGGUCUUCUCUUCAAUGAUAGCUUAUACAGAUCCUCAAGGCCUGCAGAAAAAUACCUCAUUGUAUUUGUUGGGAAAGAUGGGGGCGGGGGGAAGGUGGGUGUUCUUUCUGAGUAUUGCACUGAUAGCAGAUUCAAGGGAUUAAGUAUCAGUGUGGCCUGUAACUAGGCAAGCCAGAAGCUGUUUCUUCUGAAAACUAAUAGAUUGUUUGCUCAUUUCUGGAAAAGCAGACAUACUCGCUAGGGAAGUCCAUUUUGCAAAUGUAGCAACAGUUUCCAUGUUCGUCAUGGAGGAGACCAUGACAGAGUUGGAUUUUUUUACUUCCCUAAAAAUGACUACUGUUUUCACUUGCAUUCCACUCGAACUGUGUUCCAGUAAAUUUUGAAGAUGAAAAGGAACGUUGUCCACAUUGUGCCUCCCAGACCAUGUAUGUUUGUUUUUCUUUGACAUACAGUUCUGAUUCCAGUUACUUAAAACAGUUAUCUUCCUCUAGCCUUUCUUAUGGCAUUUUCUAGACCCUUCAUUAACCUCGACAUGGAUAAAACAUUUGCUGGCUCUCAGAUUCAGUUUUUCUUUGUUAGAUUUUAUCCCAUUCCUCUUAAGCCAUCCCAAUACAUUCUUCUUCCUCCUCGCAAGGAGAGGAAAACAAAAAUUCCAUCAGCCCUUAAUGUUUAUUUUUCUGUUUAUGGUGUUAUCUUUAUAUUUGUGAAAUUGGGUUCAACUCAAGAUUUUGAAGUCUUGCUAAUAUUUCUAACCCUCUGCAAAGCAAGGCCUCUCUCUAAGCAAAUGCCAUUCCCCUGAAGUUAGAUGAUCACUGUGGGAAAUCAGCCUCAUUUCCCUGGAAAAGAAAUACACGUACCAAGAAGGAGUUUUGAGACUUUAAGGGUUGGUUAAACUUUUUAUUCCUUAUAUUCCAAAACACUUUAAAUCAGGACAACUCAGUCUCUUACUGAAUACACUUUCAGUCUCUUUGCAUAUUUGUCAGGCAGGUAAAUAUGGAAAAGCCCUGUGUGUUCCUUGCUGAGUUCUGUGUACUUUGAUGAUGGGAAAAAGCAUAUGCUAUAAUAAGCCUGAAAUCUUAGACUGAUCAUCUCAAGAAAAUUCUUCUUCUGGCACAUCUCCUUUACAUCUCUGUGUGUGAGCUCUCUAAUUCAGAUUAUCUCUAGUUUUGAUUACUAUGAGGAGGUGGAUUAGAAAUUCCCACACUGUAAUUCUCUGAAGGAUUUGAAGUUAGAUAACUCUGUCAUCAGUUUUUGUAAUGGAAUGCUUUAUGCUCUGAGCAGUCCAAACAGGACCUAUCAGAAUCUUCCAUCUCUUUUCACUGAUCUUUAAACCUGGCACAAAGCUGUGAUUUCAUCUCUGUGUGACUUAUCUAGUUUUUCUUGGGAUCACUGUCCCAAUUCAUCAGGCGAUUUCCCCAGCUCAUCACCUGAGCCCUAGCUUACGUGGUUCAUAUGCAGAGAUCAGCCACAACUUUGUGACAAUGAGGUGAUGGAUAUGUAGGAGGCUGUAAACAGGUAGCUCUGAAUACCUACGCCAUGUGAAUUGCUGACAAUGGUAGAGGAACCACAGCCCCAUCUCGCAGUCUGUCUGUCCAUUUGCCUUAUUGCCAUCAGCCCUUCAUGAACUGAACCCCUCCAGAUGCACUCCAGAGUCAUAGCAUGACUGCCAAAAAUGUACACCCCCAAAACUUUUUUUUGGAGGAAUUUGAAAGAUAGCCUUCAGAUUAUCCCCAUAUCUCUUCACCUCUUUCUUAAACUACUUAAGUCCAGUGUAUGAUAGUGGUUUUCCUUUGGAUAUUUGUGUGUCCUUAUGAGACCAGAUGACUGGCACUUGCUUCUGUUCAGGAAAUGAAAAAUAACUAUGUAAGUGAAUGAAAGCAGACCCCAGCAUCACCAUUUGAGCACUGUGGCAGGAGUGUGUGUAAUGCUAACUUUUUUUUUUCCUCAUGUUCUUUUAGUGAGUUUUCAAAGGCCUGCUUAAGAGAUGCACAGACCCCUGUAAGACAUACUUGUGCACAUUGUGUAACCUUGCUGUAUGCCUUUUAGCCAAGAGUACUCUACUGGCUGGCAAUGGAAGCAGACAAUGGAAACUUUGAAGUGAAGGAUUUCUUUGCGCAGUUUAGGCUGAAUAAAAGUAAAACAGAUGUUCGUUCCAUCACACUGACAACUGAAUCAGGCAACGAACGGGCUUUGAGCAGUUUCUCCCAUGACUGGGUUAAUGCAUUCUGCAUCCAGCCUGGAAAUGGGCUGUGCUGUGUUUAAAAGUGCCUGCGUGUCCAACCUGAGGUGGCACCUUAGUUUCAACUCGCUCCUUUCCAAAACUAGCAGUUUGAGAAAGGGCCGGUCCUUUCUCAGCAAACAGAUUAUUUGUUCAAGUGUCUGAAAGGUGGGGGGGGGGGGGGGUGGGGUUGAGAGUGGCUCUUCAGUUGCGAUGAAAACUCUGUAGGGAUUCCAGAGCUCUAAGAACUUCUUCUGCUAUCUUUUGGUGAUUACUACCAGCUCCAUGUUCCACUGGCCUGCUUCAUUUUUCACUUUAGCAAGAAAUACAAAAGGUGUUUGAAAUUAAAUGCAGCAAUAUUAUGAGUCAUCCUUCAGUGUUCAGAACAAAAAUUACUUGGAAACAGACAAAGAACUUUGGAUCCAGGCUGAUUUUCAAUGUAUUUUAUUAGAGACACACUGUCUUUAAAAAAUGAUAUUUAUUUGACUCCUCCUCCCCUGAACAUGUAUUCCUGUAGGCAAAAGGUGGGAAUUUGAUGUUUUGAACUCGUUUCCUAUGAUACGUAAGCUCAUUAAAACUAGAUUUGUGUCAAGUUCUUCCCUUACAUGCUGUUUUCUGAUUCCUGUCAUUGCACUAAAUUGAAAUAAUGAAAUUUGACAAGCAUCCGCCAUGGUAACCAGGCCUGUACUCCAUGUUUCACCUUCCCAGCACUGCAUGGAAAAGUUUUCAACAAAUUCCUAAUAGUGAGAGAGAUCUGUACCAAGAGAUCUCUUUCUUCAUAACUAACUUUGGAAGUAUCCAGUUUUCUGUUAUUAGAGAUGGAGUAAAAGGAAGCAGUAUACAGAUGGAGUACCCUUUUCUUUUGUGUGACAUCAUGAAAUCUCUCCACCCAUGAGCACUUUAUUCUGCAUUUAGAAGGGCCUGACACAGGCCCUUCAACAGAAUAAGAUAUAUAGCUAUAUUCAUAGGAGUUGAACUUGUUAUUAAACUAUUUCAGUAAAAUACUCAUUCUUUCUGACCCAUUGCUGUCAUAAUGCAACAACAUUCAUCUCUCUGUUGCCCUUCCCCCCCCCCCCAUUUUUACCUUUACAGUAGGUAGCCUAUAGUCUGUUUACCUAAUGUAGACUAACAUUUGGCAACAACGAGGAUUGGGAUUGUCGUUUGUCUCGGCCCAUAAUUGUUUUGUUUAAAAAAAAAAUCAGGGCAGAGCAAAAGCAUUUUCUGUUUUGGGGGCCAAGUAUAGCUUUUGCUUAAAAAGCAUGAAAGUAGUGCUUAGAGAUGGAGACAUUGGAGAGAGACUGGAGUUCCAACUUUUAAUUGCCAAUGAGGGGGAAAAAAUCGCAGGGUUUAGGUUUUGUUUUUUAGUUUAGUUUUGUUUUAAACACAACUUCAAGGAAAUAAGGGGUGAUGCUGUCAUAUCCUAAGAGAAGUAUGCAUUGCAAAUUAGGAAGAUUUGGGGUGACUAGAUUUUAUGUGGCCCUGUCUGCUAUCUUGUCACCUAGAAAGAACAGUCCCAUCCAUUUUUGAAAAGAAUAACAAAAAUAUCUCAUGGCAGCUAGUCGUUGUAUGUAAUGUAUAUGCUGCGUCUGAGAUCUGUCAAAUUAGCAAAUGUUUGCUCACCAUCUAAUGGUUUGUUUAUUAGCAUUCAUACCUCAAAAGGGGUUUGUGUAUUUUUUAAGAAAAGUAGGUUUAAAAUCAUAAGAAUAAAUGUGUGACCUAAUUUACCACUUUUGGCUAUCACUGUGCUAUACUCCCCAGUGAUGACAGUGGUUAUCAGUUAAAACAGAUGAGUAAGAAUAGAAGUGUCAGCACAGAGAUAACUCACUAAUUUAUUGGUUUUGGUCAAAUAUUAUUCAGGUGAUCAUCUCCAGAUUGAUUAGAUCCUUUCAGAAUUUGCUCCCCUUCUAGGAACUCAGCUUGAUUUUUUAAAAAUGUUUGAGUCAGUUUCCUGAUGAGAAACAAGCCUAUUCUCAUUUUCUAAAUAUUUACUAGUGUUGCCUGUGGUAAAUUUAUGAAUUUGUGGUUUCCCCUUAGUGUUUGUGCAGAAUGAAACCAAGCGAUGGAUUCCCCCACAGUUGGAAACUACCAUGAAAUCUUGAAUAUAGGAAUAUUGGUUUCUUGUUCUCAUCACAUUGGUAGCUCCAGUUGACCUAGAUCUAUCUGUUUCAUCUGACAGUUGAGGAGAUGAACAAUCUCUUCCUGGGAGAUAGACCUGAGAGUUUGUAAGAGAUGUUGUCUCACCAGGAUCAUAUGUUUAAGAUUAUGCCCACACUUGCUGAAUUAAGCAUUUGCAUUAAAGAUAAGGGCCAGGGGAAAGGGAAGAUACCAUUUUCUCCUUUGAUAUUUAUUUGGGAUUGCAGUUCACAAAGGAAACAAAUGACAGAUGAUAUGUAUUUAAUGCUUUCCAACAAGUCUUUAUAAUGCUGUACCUGUUCCUUGAAAUAAAGAAUUUUUAACUUUCA